AUGACGAGCGAGGAGUGUCCUGUGCCGCUGGGGAGCAUUUCCUCAGCAGGGCCAGGGCAGAUUGAGGAAUACAGCUCGGCGCAGGCUGAUGACAUCAUUGAGGAAGUGGGUCCAGGCGAUGAUGUCAGCAUCGGCAGUGACCUAAGCACUCUCGUGGUGCCUUUCCCGGAGCUGGCACCUGUGGUGUUCUUUUGCCUCAAGCAGACCACCUGCCCUCGUAACUGGUGCAUCCGGAUGGUGUCCAGCCCGUGGUUCGAGAGGAUUAGCAUCAUGGUGAUCCUCCUCAACUGUGUGACACUGGGCAUGUACCAGCCCUGCGAGAACAUCGACUGCACCUCGGACCGCUGCCAGAUACUGCAGGCCUUCGAUGCUUUCAUCUACAUCUUCUUUGCCUUGGAGAUGGUGAUAAAGAUGGUGGCUCUUGGGAUCUUUGGUCGCCGCUGUUACCUGGGAGACACCUGGAACAGACUGGACUUCUUCAUCGUCAUGGCUGGGAUGGUGGAGUACUCGCUAGACCUGCAAAACAUCAACUUAUCGGCCAUUCGAACUGUGCGGGUUCUUCGUCCCCUCAAAGCCAUCAACAGAGUGCCAAGUAUGCGUAUCCUGGUGAACCUGCUGCUCGACACUCUACCCAUGCUGGGCAACGUGCUGCUGCUCUGCUUCUUUGUCUUCUUCAUCUUCGGCAUCAUUGGCGUGCAGCUGUGGGCGGGGCUACUGAGGAACCGCUGCUACCUUGAGGAGAACUUCACCCUAUCAUCAGGGAUGACCCUACCACCUCCAUAUUACCAGCCUGAAGAGGAUGAUGAGCGCCCCUUCAUCUGCUCCCUCGCCUCCGAUAAUGGCAUCAUGUCAUGUACUGACGUGCCAGCGAGACGCGAAGGAGGUCGCACAUGUUGCCUGGACAAGGAGGACGCUCUCCACAGACAGGCUCUGGGCCUGAGUCCUGAGCCCAUGUCCAACGGCAGCGGCGCUGGUGACGCCAUGGGGCUGUGCAUUAACUGGAACCAGUAUUACACUCGCUGCCACACGGGGAACACUAACCCCCAUAAAGGUGCCAUCAACUUUGACAACAUUGUUUAUGCUUGGAUCGUAAUAUUUCAGGUGAUCACUCUGGAGGGCUGGGUAGAGAUCAUGUAUUACGUAAUGGACGCCCAUUCCUUCUACAACUUCAUCUACUUCAUCCUACUCAUCAUUAUUGGUUCAUUCUUCAUGAUCAACCUGUGCCUGGUGGUUAUCGCCACUCAGUUCUCAGAGACCAAACAGCGGGAACACCAGCUGAUGCAGGAGCAAAGGGCACAAUGCCUGUCCUCGUCCACACUAGCCAGCAUGGCCGAGCCAGGAGAUUGCUAUGAGGAGAUCUUCCAGCUGGUCUGCCAUGUCCUCCGCAAGGCUAAGAGGAGAUCAGCAGCUCUCUACUACACACUGAGGGGCAAGCCCCCGCCGGCUGGUGGAGGCAGGGGUAAUAGGCGUGGUGGAGGGAAUGUGAACGGAGAGCGGCAUCAUUCGAGGCAACAAAGAUUAUCCCAUUGUCCACACCAAAGCAAACCAGACCAUGAUUCCCAGCCACUAGCCAACUCCAUCAGUCUGACUGUGCCUCAGAGUCCUGAGGACUGCCCCAUAUGUGCAUUAUCACUAAAAGAGGGGACGAGGGCUGUGGGAGAGUCCGCCAACGAAGAAGAAGAUGAUGAAGAUGCUGUGAAGGAGACAGACAAGGAGGAGAACCACUUACAGGAGAGGGGGGAGGCAGAGAGGAAGAGGAGGAGGACAUGCUUUAGACACUGUGCAGAAAUUUGGAAGGAUAUGAGGAGGAAACUUUGGGGGAUUGUGGAGAGCAAGUACUUCAGCAGGGGGAUUAUGAUCGCUAUCCUCAUCAACACCAUCAGCAUGGGCAUCGAGCAUCAUAACCAGCCUGAUGAGCUGACUAAUGUCCUGGAGAUCUGCAACAUUGUCUUCACCAGCAUGUUCACCCUAGAGAUGAUCCUAAAGCUGACUGCUUUUGGCUUCUUUGAGUACCUGAGGAACCCCUAUAACAUCUUUGACGGCAUCAUUGUCAUUAUCAGUGUGUGUGAGAUCAUAGGCCAGGCAGACGGCGGUCUGUCAGUGCUGAGGACCUUCAGACUGCUGAGGGUCAUUAAACUGGUGAGGUUCAUGCCUGCACUGAGACGGCAGCUGGUCGUUCUGAUGAAGACUAUGGACAACGUGGCCACCUUCUGCAUGCUACUCAUGCUCUUCAUUUUCAUCUUCAGUAUCCUGGGGAUGCACAUCUUUGGUUGUAAGUUCAGUCUGAAGACAGAGGCAGGAGACACUGUGCCUGACAGAAAGAACUUCGACUCCCUGUUGUGGGCCAUUGUCACUGUCUUUCAGAUUCUGACUCAGGAGGACUGGAACAUGGUACUGUACAAUGGCAUGGCCUCCACCUCGCCCUGUGCAGCCCUUUAUUUUGUAGCACUGAUGACAUUUGGAAACUAUGUGCUCUUCAAUUUACUGGUGGCCAUCUUGGUUGAGGGUUUCCAAGCUGAGGGUGAUGCAAACCGCUCUUACUCGGAUGACGACAGGUCUUCAUGUAAUUUUGAGGAACACGAGAAACCGAAAGACUCCCUGCAUGUCUCAGACCCAAAAAUCUGUACGCUGACCCCUAACGGUCACCUGGACUUGUCUGCGCUGCCUGCUGGUCUGUUUCCAGGGGAGAGGUUGACUUUUGCUCUUGGGUCAAGGAAGAACAGUGUGAUUUCACUUGGAAGGGCCAACCUGGAGCAGAGGGCUAUGUAUCCAUUCCGGGGUUACCAUAACUGGGGUCGCCCUCUUCCUCCCCAGCCUCAGGCCUUGUGGGCCCGUCGCUCCAGCUGGAACAGCCUGGGAGGGGUCCGCCCCUGCUCUUCAUCAUCCCCCUCCUCCAGCCCAGCAUACACCCCCACCUCCACAAGGCCCUUUUACAACUACGGCCUGGCAGGUCUAGGAGGGGUGGUGGGAGGAAGCCUUCGUGUCCGGGGUCCUCGUGCCUCUUCAUCCCCGCACCGUCACCUCCAUCAUAUCCAUCCAGAUGAGGAGGAGGCUCUUCUCUCUCCUCCUGCUGUUGCUCCCCAUGCUCUUCACGUUCCUCAUCCUAUGGUUCCGGGCCGUUUUGUACCCAGGAGGGACCGCAGAGCUCUUUCACUAGAACUUCCGCACCUGCUGCAAGUCCCAGCUCCCCCACACACUCCACUGCCACCCCAACACACACUGUCCCCUAUGACGCUGCAUGCUCACCGUAGGAAGAAGAGCUUCUCGGGGGGAGAUGGUGGUGCACGUGAUACUCUGGGUGGAAUGGGAGGGGUGCACCAAGACUGUAAUGGGAAGACUCCCUUGUCGCAGCUUCUCCAGCCCCCCUCUAGACACCAGACUGAACAAGCUGGAGGACCCAGUUCCCAAAACCAGCUGCUGGCUGAGGUCUUCCCACAGGUUAACACCCGCAGCAAGGACCGGGAGGACCUGGAUGAUGACAUUGAAUAUAGCUUGUGUUUCCGCAUCCAGAAGAUGUUAGAAGCUUACAGACCAGACUGGUGUGAGUCGAGAGAGGAUUGGUCUGUUUUUCUCUUCUCUCCGCAGAACAAGUUCAGGCAGAUGUGUCAGUCCAUCAUCGCUCAUAAGCUGUUUGACUACGUGGUGCUGGCAUUCAUAUUUUCCAACUGCAUCACAGUGGCUCUGGAGAGACCUAAGAUACUACAGGGCAGCUUGGAAAGAGUAUUUCUCACCGUUUCCAACUACAUCUUUACUGCCAUUUUUGUGGGCGAGAUGACACUCAAGGUGGUUUCCAUGGGUCUCUAUAUGGGUGAACAAGCGUAUUUGAGGAGCAGUUGGAAUAUUUUGGAUGGUUUCCUGGUUUUUGUGUCUUUGAUUGACAUUGUUGUGUCCAUGGCGGGUGGAGCUAAGAUCCUCGGUGUGCUUAGAGUACUCAGGCUACUCCGAACAUUGCGUCCACUCAGAGUGAUUAGCAGAGCUCCAGGUCUGAAGCUGGUGGUGGAGACCCUCAUCACUUCUCUCAAACCCAUCGGCAACAUCGUCCUCAUCUGCUGUGCUUUCUUCAUCAUCUUUGGUAUUCUUGGGGUACAGCUGUUUAAAGGCAAGUUCUUCUACUGCUUCGGCCCUGAUAUCAAAAACAUCACCAACAAGUCUGACUGUCUACAGGCCAACUACAAGUGGGUCCACCACAAAUACAACUUUGACAACCUGGGGCAGGCUCUGAUGUCGCUGUUUGUUUUAGCCUCCAAGGACGGAUGGGUGAACAUUAUGUAUCAUGGCCUUGAUGCUGUGGGUGUUGAUCAACAGCCCGUGACCAACAACAACCCCUGGAUGCUGCUGUAUUUCAUCUCCUUCCUCCUCAUCGUCAGCUUCUUCGUCCUCAACAUGUUUGUCGGCGUGGUGGUGGAAAACUUUCACAAGUGCCGCCAACACCAGGAGGUGGAAGAGGCCAAGAGGCGUGAGGAGAAACGUCAGCGGCGAAUGGAAAAGAAACGGAGAAAGGCUCAGAAGCUCCCCUACUAUGCCAGCUAUGGCCACAUGCGCCUGAUGAUCCACACACUGUGCACAAACCACUACCUGGACCUCAUCAUCACCUUCAUCAUCUGCAUCAAUGUCAUCACUAUGUCUCUGGAGCACUACAAUCAACCUCAUUCUCUGGAUCUCGCCCUGAAGUACUGCAACUAUUUCUUCACCUCCACUUUUGUGCUGGAAGCAGUGCUUAAACUCAUCGCCUUCGGCUUCCGACGCUUCUUCAAAGACAGGUGGAACCAGUUGGACUUGGCCAUUGUUCUUCUGUCAGUGAUGGGUAUCAUAUUAGAGGAGAUUGAAAUCAGUGCUGCCCUACCUAUCAACCCGACUAUCAUCAGGAUCAUGCGAGUACUGAGAAUAGCACGAGUGCUGAAGCUGCUGAAGAUGGCAACAGGAAUGAGAGCCCUGCUGGAUACUGUGGUCCAAGCCCUGCCUCAGGUGGGUAACCUGGGCCUGCUCUUCAUGCUGCUGUUUUUCAUCUACGCCGCCUUAGGAGUAGAGCUGUUUGGAGAACUUGUUUGCAAUGCAGACUACCCGUGUGAGGGUAUGAGUCGUCACGCAACCUUUGAAAACUUUGGCAUGGCCUUCCUUACCUUAUUUCAAGUCUCAACGGGCGAUAACUGGAAUGGCAUCAUGAAGGACACAUUGCGGGAGUGUCCACCAGACCACGGCACUGAUGUGGACUAUGCCUGCAAUCCGAGCCUUCAGUUUAUUUCGCCCAUGUACUUUGUCUCCUUUGUGCUCACCGCCCAGUUCGUGCUCAUCAACGUGGUGGUGGCUGUGCUGAUGAAGCACCUGGACGACUCCAACAAGGAGGCCCAAGAGGAGGCGGAGAUGGAUGCAGAAAUUGAGCUGGAGCUGGCCCAGGGCACCCUCUGUUGCAUGGGCGCCCCCGGCUGUGGGGGUGGGGGGGUGGAAAAAGGACUUGUUGCUGCCGGGUUGGGGCCUGGAGGCACCGCGGCAGGAAAGGACAGAGGAAGCAUGAGAGGAGAGAGGGGAGAAGGAAUGAGGAAGAUGCGACACGGGGCCGCCACAGCACCGUACGGUUCCCAGGACUCCAGCCGGACCCUCUACUCACCAGCACAAGAGAGCCAGUGGCUGGACAGCGUAUCUCUCCUGAUUAAGGACACUUUGGAGGGGGAGAUGCUGAUGAUCGACAACCUCUCUGGUUCUGUCUUCCACCACUACUCCUCUCCUCCACCCAUCUGCAAAGACUGCAAGGGCCACCCACAAGAGCAGAUCAGGAUGGCAGAGAUUGAGCUGGCAUCGCUGAAGUCGGAUCAACAGUCAGACAAGUCUUCGUCCCCUGUCCUGCCAGAUGACCUCAGCUUGGACGAACACACUGCCUACCAGCUGCUGGCAAGAGAUGGAAAAGGAAGGUUCAGCAGUGACUCCCAUAGUUCAGAGGAGGCCGUCGGUGGAAGGGUUCGUUCAGGAGGCCACCAGACUCACAUCGUGGUGCAAAGUCAGGUACAGGGUCUGGGCAAACCCUGCCUGGACAUUAGCACCGGCCUCGAGAUGGAGACGGUGCUACAGGAGAUGGAGGCGCAAACAAAUCAACCCCGUAUGCGCUCACCUCACUGUAGCCCUGGUGGUGUUUCCAGCAGCAGCAACAAGGACAGAACCAGUGAAGGAGGAGCCAGUGGCUUUUCCCCUCUCCUCCAUCUGCCUGCAGAGUUCUUUCACCCUGCAGGAGCAGUGAUCCCAGCACCUCCCCGCAGCAGGAGCCUAAGGUUGUCAAGGGGCCUUAGGCUCACCUCCCCAGCUUCCUGGGCUUCCCUUCGCUCCCCAGGAGCCCACAGCAAGAUACUCUGCACACAGUAUCCAUCCCACAGUGAUUCAUCCCUUGCCACAGGCAGCUCUGAGGGCAGCCUACAGACCACCCUGGAAGAAGGACUGAGCUUCAGUGUUUCUCCACCACAGAACUUGGAGUUGCCUUUGCCAGCAGCUCCUCUGCCACUCGUGUGUCCAGGCCCGCUGCCUGAAGACAGAACCAUUUCCUCUCCAGUCCAGACCCUGAGACCGAGGCCGAGCCCCUCAUCAGCUCUAACCCUCCAAGCCACCAGAGGACAUCAGCGGAGCCAGAGCAGCGGAAGAGGUAGCACCAGUCCAGGCUACACCCGUGAUGACUCAAUUGACCCCUCAGAUGAGGACCUAGGGAUAGUCAUUGGCUCAUCCAUUGGAGGUUGUGGCUCUAGCCAAGCUGGUAACAGUGAACACUUGUCAGAGACACUGAGCAGCUUGUCGCUGACAUCACUCCUGUCGCCCAGCUCCUUGGUGUACCCCGGAGGAGCCGUGAAGAAGUGCAACAGCACAGGUAGCUUGGACCAAGGGGGGAUGCUACUAUCUUCUCGGGGUAGGGAGAGCCGUAGAGAGAUUCUGGGCCUGGAACUUAUGAACCGCCAGGGCUACUUGGCCAACCCCUGGACAGGGGUAUUAGCUGAGACAAGAAGAGAAGGAGGAAGCAGGGAAAUUGGAGAUGGAGAGCAAGGGUUGAAAGGAAAGAGCUCAAGCCAAACAACAGUGGGGCCUUGUCGGAAAAACAGAUGAAACCUGCUGUUUACUCUUUUUUGUCUUUCCAUUCCUUGGAUCUAAACCCAUUGCUGUCCCUCUCACUCUCUCUGCUCGCUUCAGUGAGAGAGAGGCUUGAUGACACGUGAUGUCCUGUAUUCCAAACCCUCAUUUUGCCCCCACAGCUCCUUUCUAUACAUUUGUGACAAGCCUUUGUCCUACUUUGUGCUACCUAGGGGAGUGGUUUUGGUUAUAGUCUGCCGGUGUAAGUGGCCUGUGGAGUUUAGGCCAAAGGGCUGAUGACAGGCCCUUAUACCCUCUGAGGAGCUGUACCUGUAGAGGAAGCAUGGAAGGCUCUGCUGCCAUUGGAAGACCAGGAGGCCCAAUCAUAUCAGGGAGAUGAAAAGGAGCAGAGAGAAAAGAGCUCAACCUCAAAAACACAAGGAAAAUGUUGUCGCUUGACCAUAUUUGCUUUUCAUCGGGUCGGGUUCACCGAGGUUGAAAAUGCAAAAAUAGAAGUACCCAAACUGAGAUACCUAUCCAUGCCAACAGAAACUGUUUUGAUUCAUUUAUUUGUCGGAGGCAGUGCAGCAAGUAGGUGGGAGGAGACUCAGAGAUGGCGGAAUAUAUCAAGGCGGAAGGAAGGAAGGAAGGAAGGCUGGGAAAGGAGAAGGCAGGUCAUACGUUUGGCUAGGAAAGCAGAAAGCGGAUCUAAUGUCCAUCUGUUCUGGCAGACGGAAACAACAGGUCCUACUCACUCUGGCACGGAACCUUCUGCUGAGAUCAGAGUAAAAUGUGAGGUGGAGGAGAGUUCAAGAGUGUGUGCUCGUAAUGUGUGUUUGUGUGCGAGAGCGCUGCCUCAGGUAUCGAAGGCAUAAAUUAAAUCAUUCUCAUCACUUCACCGUACCUCUGUAUUUUUGAAACAGCAGAUAGGUAUUGACUGAUCAAAGCUUCGUGCCUCUGUCAAUUUGGUCUUGAGUGGCAGUGGAAAAUGAAAAGAAAUUGAUAGAUUGCAGAGGUAUAACCUUGCAUGGACUGUUUUGUGAAAUUGGUUAUUUUUUUUUGUUCUAUCUCCAGCAUCUCUCACCCAUUCAAACAUGAAGAAAAAAGUAUUAAAGAGAGCUAGGUUGAAUGGAGCUUUACGAACCCCAUCAGAGAAGACAACAAUGUGUCCGUGGGGCAGCCUUGUGUGCACCAACAAACAUUCAUUGCUACAUAAUGAAGUGAGACUUGAAGCACACUCCUUUUGACACCACUUCCUCUCACCAUGCUUAAGGAUUUGAGAUGACCGGACAAAACCACAAGAGAUGCGAGGGACCUUGACUGCAUGAUGGAAUUGCAUUUAUUAAGAUUUUUAUCUAUAUACCGAAGUGUAUCAAGAUGUCAAUGUUGAGUGAUAACCAUGUGAUUUCUAUUCCACUAUUUUUGUAGAAAAGAGAAUAGGCACGUGCAAGUGUUGCCAUUACUUUGUCCCUCCUUAAUUUGACCCUCACAGUCUUUGACUCGUUGUCUAGGACUUUUUGUCUGCCAGUGGCUUCCAGUUUUAUAACAUUUUUUAAAAAGGUGUGGAUAGUGUAUAAAACAACGAAGCAAAAAAUUUCAAACUAACUUUGUGCGCUGAAGUUCCCUCCAGCACAUUUCUCUUUGGGAAUACUGGUUCCACUUUUUUUUCAGACGUUGGAGUACCAGGGGACAACCAGAGAUGGGAACAGCCAUAAUCACUCAGCACAUGAGGAUCGUUCUAGCUCACAGACAUUCCUGGCUGCGCACCGGGAACUUUGUUUGCUUUUAGCUUCCUAUGAAUAGCGUAAACCAUCUCUAUCAAAGCUUUAUUUUAAGAGUUACAGCACAACAUAUCGAUAACGGACACAUUAGUGUUCCUUAAGCAUGGUUCUGGGAUUGCAAUACAGUAUGCUUAUUCUUGAAAUGACACCAUGAUGCACUCAUCUUGUCUUCUUCAUCUGUCAACACAUACAGUACAUUGUAGCAACCCUUUCACACACCAUAGUUUAAUAUCAAAAGCUGACACUGUAACAAUGAGCAGAAUUUGCAUCUUUCAAUGCAAACUUACUUUGGCUUCUGCCACUUGAUUAAUGACAUCAUCCAAAUAUGAGAUGCUCAUCUUUAAGCCUGAUUUCUAGAGGUAGACUGUUGUAUCCCUAGUGUUUUAAACUUUGAUUUAUUUAUUUUUUAAUUUCUCAAAAAGAAUGAGUUGAUGUGAGAAAGGGUUUGACCUUUUUUAUCAUGCAAAAUCACUUUGAUGACUAUGUUUUAUCUAUGGUGUUGGGUAUUAAUGAGUGAUAGUAAAGACAGUUGUGUGUGUUUGUAUGUGUGUGCGUUUGUGCAUUUAUGCAUGUGUGCGUGUGUAUUUAUGACUUCAGGUGAAGUGACUGCCUUUUCCUGAAGUGUCCUGUUUGUCAGAGAGGAAACAUGAGAUUAAAAGGUUAAAGAGGGACAACAAGAAGCAACCAAGGGCUGUUUUAGCUUCAAAGAUAUAGCCUCCGAUCUUUCUGAGACAAAUCCUUUUGUCAGUGAAUAUGGCAUCAAAGGUUAAAGCCUGAUUACACAGCAAUAAAUGUUCUAUGUGUAUGCCCUGAGUAAAUGAUGUCAAUGUGAUUUUUAUCUCCUCAGAAUACAACAGUAUUCACUGCUGUCUGUUUUUUCAUCAAGUUUGUCAACUUACAGCUAAUCAGAUAGCACCUCUGCCCUCUCAGAGACCAAUCACUACAGAGAAGGGCAGCAAUUGGACAACAUGAACAAAUGAGGCUAUUGAACUCAGGUUGGGGGGUAAAAACCACUAGAAAUUUUAAAGACAGCUGUAAAGGUGUGCACAGACUGAAUGCAAAGCAAAUUUUGUACUUGCUUUAUUCGCACAACUUUGACUGCUGCUUUUUUACACAACCAAUUCGCCAUCAAGACUAGCGUUAGCUGUAACCGGCUAACAACGCACCAUUUUUGUGUGUGAGCAGAGUGUGCCUUUGUACAUUAUAUAUGUGCUAUAGCUCUGACUCUACCAACAACACAUAUUGUUUCUGCUGAACUCCCCUCAAUUGAAUUGGUGUAAAAUAGCUCGAGUUAAGCACACAUUUUACCUCAAUUUUCAGCAUUUUCAACUUGUGAGGAUGUGUUUUUGCUUCAGUUAACGCUGCCGUACUGUACAUCCCCACAGUCAAAUUUGUAUACGAACAUGCUGCCUUUAGAAUUUGCUUUGUCUUCAGUCUAAACACACUUUAAGAGAGUGCGGUUCACAUUUGUACAUAUCUUUGUAUUUUGAUCUGCAUGUGUGCAUUGCUGCCAGUGACCAUGAUUAUAUCAUUAGUAUGCAUUUCAUAAAAUUGUACAAAGAUAAAGGGAAUGCCCCAGUGUUUCUUGAUCACUGCAAUGAAACCACACCAUGAACAAAAGUCGGUCUAAAGGCCUUUACACACUUUGGACAAAUAAAACGCAUAAAAAUGUGAA